AGAUAGAGAAUAUUUUUGAAGAAGACUUUAAAUAUGGACACGAGUUUCUACAAGACGAUGUUCCACACAUUAUAAAGUUUAAAGAUAUGAGAAUAGGAAGAGGGGGAUUUCGCUUUAUCGAUGUCGAAAGGAACGAGGGAGAUUUAAGACCUAAAGAUGUCAUAGGGCUUGAUUAUAGAACAAGUCGUGCAAGCAUUCAUCCAGAGAUUGAAGACAUCGAAGAGGAGGAAGAAUUUCCAAGAAAACGUCAGGGAAAGCCAUUCAAGCAGACAGUUUUUAAGAAGACGUUCAGACUUAUAAAACCACCUUCAAUAGAAGAUUUUACUCAUGGAACAGUCUUAUCAUUUGUACCUGAAGCUGGUAGCAGCAGUAAGAUCUACGAGGGAAGAUCAACUAGACCGUCUAGAAUAAAGAAGACUGCAAGUUUUGAAAAGCAUAUAUUAAGAAAAAGUGGAAGUGAUCUUAGCGAAAGACGAUACGAAGCCAGAGUAUCUAAAAAAGAUGGUAGUCCGAUGAGAGAUCAUUCCGCGGAUGAAUUACUACGAGGUCAAGAACUUAAGCAUCAGCAAAGGAAACGACACACUCAAGAUGAUUACAGAGGAAGCGUAUCUACAGAUAGUUCUCGAGAAAGACACGGAGAGGAGAGAAGAGAGCGACAUAGAUUUCCUCCAGAGGUUCAAAACCGGAUUAACGAAAUAAGAAAUAUAACACGAGAUGCAUCAUCGGAAAAAGGCACAAAAGGUUGGAAAAAACACGAACAUCAUCCUUUUGAUACAGGGAAAUCAGUAACAGAAGGAUAUGAAAAGUAUGUUAAUGAAAGAGGAAGUGAAAUAUGGAUAAAAACAGAAGAAACAUAUACCGAGUUUCAUCACAAGAAAAAGAAUUAAGAUUA